AUGUUCACUUUACAUGGAGUAUUAUAUUCUUCAAUAAAAAACACAAAAUAUCCCCUCCACAAUUCCUCCCCCAAUUUAAACACGAACCCAAACACUACACUUUCAGAGUUUCACUCCACACACUCUCUCUCUCUAAAAUUCACCCCCACCAUUUUCACCUCUGCAUUCUCCUCCACUAAUGGCACCUCCACUCCUAACCGCACUCCUCCUUCUCCUCCUCGCCUCGCUAAUACCAGCAUCACAGUCGCAGGCGGCCACGUGUUUAUCGCAGAGCUUCACGAGCAACAAGCGCUACACCUUCUGCAACGAUCUCCCCUCCCUCAACGCCUAUCUCCACUGGGACUUCAAUGAGGCCCAAUCCACCCUCUCCGUCGCCUUCAUCGCCCCCCCGGCCCAGCCCGACGGCUGGAUUUCCUGGGCCCUCAACCCCACCGCCUCCGGCAUGGCCGGUUCGCAGGCCCUCAUCGCCUUCAAACAGCCCGACGGGAAGAUGGCCGUCAAGACGUACAACAUCACUUCCUACCAGCCGCUCAAGGAGUCCAAGGUCUGGUUCGACGUCAAGGAAUCGUCGGCGGAAUCCUCCGGCGGCACGAUCAAGCUCUUUGCCACCGUGGUGCUGCCGGAGAAGGGGAGGACGGUGCUCAACCACGUCUGGCAGGUGGGGUCCUCCGUCACCGGCGGCGUGCCGGACAAGCACGCGUUUCAGCCCGCCAAUUUGAACUCUAAGGGCAGCCUUGAUUUGCUCAAGGGGCAGAGCACCGCUUCUGCCGGCGGCAAUUCGAAUCUGAAGAAGAGGAAUAUUCAUGGAGUGCUGAAUGUGGUGAGCUGGGGGAUUAUGUUCCCUACCGGAAUCAUAAUUGCGCGAUACUUGAAGGUGUUUCCCUCGGCUGAUCCAGCGUGGUUUUACCUGCACGUCUCGUGCCAGGUCUCUGCCUACGCCAUUGGGGUUGCUGGUUGGGGAACUGGCCUUAAACUCGGGAGCGAGUCCAAGUCUAUUACUCAUUCAGUCCAUCGCAACAUUGGGAUCACGCUCUUUGUUUUUGCAACUCUGCAGGUAUUUGCAUUGCUUCUGAGGCCCAAGAAGGACCAUAAGCUCCGCAUCUACUGGAAUAUAUACCAUCAUGGGAUAGGAUAUUCAGUCGCUGUCCUUGGCAUCCUCAACGUGUUCAAAGGUCUCGACAUAUUGCAGCCUGACCCCAAGUGGAGGCGUGCAUACAUUGUUGUGAUCGCGGUUCUUGGAGGCAUUGCCCUGUCGCUGGAAGCCUUCACUUGGGUCGUCGUGUUGAAGAGGAAAAAGGCAUCUACCAAACCCUACGAUGGCUACAACAACGGACACACGAGGCAAGAACCUCUUGCUCCAUGAUCAUUUUGCUUUGUUGCCUUAUCUAUGCCUAUUUUUACCGUAUUUGUAUCUUAGAUUCACUUGCUUGACUGAGUUUGUGCCAUUUCCUCCUGUACAAUAGAUUAUAUAGUUAGUCUGGCAUACAACCUAUAGAUACAGGCUGAAAAAAAAAACUUAUUUUUGCGCUGUUUCUUUACAGCAUGAGUCAGGUAUCUAAGUUGAUGUUUGUUGCA